AUGGUGGGACUACCUCCAGGAACCCAGAACCGUGGGGUUGCUGGCAACUUGCAACAACAGCCUGUAAAAGCUGCAGGCACCAGGGCAGCUCAAUGGGCUCCACCUGAUGGAGAUGUAGGAGCAAGGCUGCCCAAUGCUUUGGAGACCCAGAUUCCCCAGAGCCAUAUAUUGAAGACAAUUUCUGGAAGCUUCCACUUUGUAAUUGUUGGUCACCAUGAUAAUCCAGUUUUUGAAAUGGAGUUUUUGCCAGCUGGGAAAGUGGAAUCCAGAGAUGAUCAUCGUCAUCUGAACCAGUUCAUAGCUCAUGCUGCUCUUGACCUAGUAGUUGAGAACAUGUGGCUGUCAAACAACAUGUACUUGAAAACUGUGGACAAGUUCAACGAGUGGUUUGUGUCAGCAUUUGUCACUGCAGGACAUAUAUCAGAUUUAAUGCUUCACGACAUAAGACAAGAAGAUGGAAUAAAGAACUUCUUUACUGAUGUCUAUGAUUUAUAUAUAAAGUUUGCAAUGAAUCCAUUUUGUGAACCCAAUUCUCCUAUUCAAUCAAGCGCAUUUCACAGAAAAGUUCAGUUUCUUUGGAAGAAACACCUAGUAAGCUGA